AUGCAUCGCCAGCCCUUCAUCCCAGCCCGCAACUCGCGGCAUCGCAUCGCCGCACUAUCCCUCUAUCGGGCUCUCCUGCGGUCAACAAGGAAGAUAGACGUGCCGAAAGAUGCGCAGAGACCUGCAAGGGACGCCAUGACACGUGCCGUCAGGAAGGCCUUUGUCAGGAAUCGGGCAUAUACAAGCUACAGACUGGUGUAUGCUUCCAUGGUGGCAGGAUACAAGUUCCUAUCGCUCUUAUUCACGGCGCAAAAGCCAGGUUGCCCGGAGCACACCCAGCUCAUUGAGCAUCUUCGCCGUCGCGGCGACCUUAACCCGUCACACUCCAAGCCAAAGGACACCGUCCGACGGCCCCGUGAGCCGUUUCUCAAAAAGGUGGCCGGGCAUGAUGACGGGCACCCAGUCUACAAGCCAACUUACAUCCCGCAUAGUUUCAGGUACCGCAUUCCGUCCGUCUCCGCCACAGCAGACGGCCAGCCCUUUCUGCGCCUGAAAAAGCCCCAGCCAAGAGCACUCUCCAAAAUGAUUGGUGUAAAGGGGCGCAUAUUCAUCAACAAGAUACGCAAGCUGGUCGAAAUAGACGGGGAACCGCGCUGGAAUGCCGCGCAGGAGGACCAGUGGGAUGAACUCAUGGCGAAGCAGAUGAAGGCCGAACGAGUGCGUGGUGAGUCUGAGCGUUCUGGUGUCAAUGGAGGUGGGCAAAAGGCUUCCGAGAGCUCUUUUUCAUGGAGUGUUCAGUUGACGAGAUUAUGGUGGGAGUGGCAGGUUGAGAGGACGUGGAGGGAUUGGAAUGCGCGGGGCGAGGCGCUGCACCAAGUUGUUGAAGAGCAGAAGAUACAACUGAGACGGGAGGAUGCUGCGGAUUCGGGGACUUUGCAGAAACGCUCAUUGAAGGCUGGAAGAAUGCCGAGCUCGCGUAACCUGGAUACACCGCCGAAUGUCGACGUUUAUCCGGCCCGCCCUUAUCCCCUGACGGCAUCUAUCCCCGCAGCCCUUGCCAAGCAGACGGGUCGUCAACAAAUGGGUGGAACGGGAAAGUCUGUCGACCCAUUUACAGAACCCGCGUGGAAUGCGUUGGUGCGGGCUCAGAGCAACCGGCUGUUGAAAUGGGCUGGUAAAGGGGCAGCUAGCAAAGAAUAG